AUGGGUGAAAAAGAAUCAACUUCUCCCUUAAAACCAGCACCAAUCCCUCCUGGUGGGUUAUUUUUUCCCGAUUUUAACGUUACUGCUUUUGACAAAUCUAGGAAAAUAAUCCGCACCCCUACCAAAGUCAAUAAACCCCUACCUGCACCAAAUGUCAAAUCAGCCCCUAAAGUCUCCAAAAAACACAAAAAAGAGAAAGACAAGGAGCUUGAUAAAUCUAACACGGCAUCUAACAAUUCGCUCGAGAGAGCCAAAUCUGAUCUGUCCCCUAACAUCAAGUCAAAAAUCAACCAGCUGUUUAACGCAGGAGACGAAAAACAUCAAAAGACUCAAAACCAUGGUCCCAUGCCAAGUCCUGAGGAAAUGCGCCUCCAACGUGAAAACGCCAGGCUAGUUGGCAUGGUCGAAAGUCUGACAGCCCAACUAUCCACUCAAUCGGCCCAAAUUACUGCGCUACAACGUCAGAUCGAAAUCCUAAAUGCUAAUUUCCUCACCCUAAAAGGCACAGAGCUCGGCAAAGCCUCAUCAAACCUGGCUAUUGAUAUAGAUAAUGACUCCCCAGAAAAACCAAGCAAGCGUAAACGUAACAAUUCUCUUCCAUCCAGUCCUAAACUCAGCACUGCCCCAAUGGAAGAAAAUGCCCAUUCAUCUACUCAAAAUGACCCUCACGAUGCUUCUGUAGAUUUUCCGCCUCUGCCAGCUAAAGAGCCUCCGCUUGCACCAGCCUAUAUCCUACGCAAUAAGUCUAGAUGGACAAUGGUAUCGGGUGCCAUCACGGCUGCAGGCCAUACCUUCUCCAGAGCCACUAACAUUCAUGAUGGAGUAAAAAUUUUCCCAGAUUCUAGUAAUGACUAUAGGGCUAUCACGAAAUUCCUCACAGAAAAUGGCGAAGAGUACCACACCUACCAGCUCCCGGAAGAAAGGAUGGUUCAAGCUGUGAUUAGAGGACUUCCAUUGGAAAUUGACAUCAAAGACAUCAAAAAUGACUUAAUUGAACACAACUACCACCCCUCAACAGUCAUCAGAAUGCAUUCUUCUCAACUCAACACGACAGGGUCAAACUACAGACCCCCUACCCCUACUAGACCCAACAACCCUGUUUCGCCUCUUAUAUUUCCAACCCAACAAAUAGCCGGGUCUACUUACAGACCUCCCACCCCAAUUUUGCAAUCUGUAGCCAGCUCCUCGCACAGUAAUCAAGCCGCCCCAGCUGCGGCCACCUCUAACGAUGACACCAGCCCCAAGAUCCCACCUAUCAUUCUGAGAAUUAAAAAACGUUGGCCAAACAUCUCCAACGAAUUCUCUCUUCGCGGUUGGCAUUUCCACAAGGUAUCAGAUUUUACCCCUCUACCAUCGACAGCUACCGCAAAAUCACUGCCUUCCUUACAACCAACCAAGAGCAAUUUCACUCAUACCUACUUCCCGAGGAACGCCUGCUUCAGGUCGUUAUAA